AUGAGGGGGCCUUUUGACGCCAACGUUCCCCAUACCGGGAGGAGCAUGGCACGGCCCUCUUCGGCCUGGACGCUCCUGCUGGCUGUGGCCCUGUUGGCCACCCUGCUGCUGUCCUCGGCGCAGGCCCUCGUUCAGGACACGACCAUCUCCCUGCGGCCGACAUACACGACGCCGGCCCUGAUUCAAGUCCGCAUGUCCAUCGGCGGGCAGUCUACAUACACCAUGCGCCCCGGUGGGCACUACCAAUUCAGUUUGGAUUCCUCGAUUCCCAUUUCCGAGGACAAUCCCGUCCUCCUCCAGUGGUGUACCAUGGAGGAGCUGUCCUAUCUCACCUCCGGCCUGGCAGACAUUUGUGCCAGCUCCACCCGUCCGCAGGACCCCUCGGCGCCGGAACCCUUCAAGUGCCAAGUGCACUCGCUCCUCCAUGAUGACAACCUCUUUUUCCGCGGCACCACGCCCGACACCUCCAGUGAGCCCUCCACCUACAGCCUCUGGAUCUCGACUCACCCGUAA